CCGUGGUUAAGGCAAAAACCAUGGGUUCUUGACUAACCACCCACCCAGCGAUGGGAAGAUCUUCCCAUCGAUGGGUAAGCGGCCCCUCAGCCAAACCAGUUUCCAGAACCAUGCCAAACAGCGAUGGGGAGUUCUACCCAUCGCUGUUAAAGCCUUGGUGCAAUAUUAACACAAGGCAGAACGACCUUGCCCAGCGAUGGGAAACCUAUCCCAUCGAUGGGAACCCAGCGAUG